AAGGGGGGGACGGUGUCGUCCUUUCAAUUCAUUUAUCUGCAGGAAUGAUUGCUGCUAUCAGUCUCGCGCUCACCGCCCGGCUGAGGAGGUGAAAGUUUCUCCCCAGGAAGAUAAACCGCAAAAGACAAUAUUGUGCAUGAUUUGCGCCUUUUCUUUGGCUUUUUCUUUCUUUCUUUUUUCUCCCCCCCCCCUUUUUUCCGCAAAAAGCAGAGGGGGAAAAAGGAGAGUGAAGGAGCGAGAAGGCGAGCCUGAGAGAAAGGAGAGAGAGAGAAAAGAAAGGGCGAGGGGCUAGUGGAGAAGUAAGGAGGGGCAUACGGCGCGAGGCGGAGAAAGGGCGAGUAGUAGCGGCUCCGGCGCUCACAUUCCUCUAUGCUACAAAUCCGGGAGGAAGUUUUUUUUUGGGGGGCUGAGAUGCUCCUCGCCUUUGCCUGGGCAGCCUUGACGCAGGGUCCUCUCGGCAGAGACUGAGCGGCGAAAAGUGCGAACCGGGCCGGCGGGGUUUGCUUGGCGGGCGCCGGAGCCCGCCUUGCCUGCGGCCCGGAGCCGUCCGGCUUCCCAGCGCUUGGUCAGGCGGGCGUCCCGGCGCGUCGCGCCGCUGCCUGCGGGCUAGGACUUCGCGAGGUGGGUCGACUCCUCCUCCCUCCUCUUCUUCUUCUUCCUCUUCCUCCGCCUCCGGUUCCUCCUCCUCCUCCUCCUCCUCCUCCUGAUUUUCCCUCCUCGGCGGGCGAGGGUGGGGGGGGCGGGGGAGGCCGGGGCUCGCCCCGAGCAGCCACGAUGCUCCUGGACGCCGGCCCCCAGUACCCCGCGAUCGGCGUGACCACCUUUGGCGCGUCCCGCCACCACUCGGCGGGCGACGUGGCCGAGCGCGACGUGGGCCUGGGCAUCAACCCGUUCGCCGACGGCAUGGGCGCCUUCAAGCUCAACCCCAGCUCUCACGAGCUGGCCUCCGCCGGCCAGACGGCCUUCACGUCGCAGGCCCCCGGCUACGCGGCUGCCGCGGCCCUGGGCCAUCACCACCACCCGGGCCACGUCGGCUCCUAUUCUAGCGCAGCUUUCAACUCCACGCGGGACUUUCUGUUCCGCAACCGGGGCUUUGGCGACGCGGCAGCUGCAGCCAGCGCCCAACACAGUCUGUUCGCUGCUUCAGCCGGAGGCUUCGGGGGCCCACACGGUCACACGGACGCCGCGGGCCACCUCCUCUUCCCUGGCCUUCACGAGCAGGCGGCGGGCCACGCGUCGCCCAACGUGGUCAACGGGCAGAUGAGGCUUGGCUUCUCCGGGGACAUGUACCCGCGCCCCGAACAGUACGGCCAGGUGACCAGCCCGCGUUCGGAGCAUUAUGCCGCGCCGCAGCUGCACGGUUACGGGCCCAUGAACGUGAACAUGGCCGCGCAUCACGGCGCUGGCGCCUUCUUCCGUUACAUGCGCCAACCCAUCAAGCAGGAGCUCAUCUGCAAAUGGAUCGAGCCCGAGCAGCUGGCCAACCCCAAAAAGUCGUGCAACAAAACUUUCAGCACCAUGCACGAGCUGGUCACGCACGUCACCGUGGAGCACGUCGGCGGACCUGAGCAGAGUAACCACAUCUGCUUUUGGGAGGAGUGUCCGCGCGAGGGCAAGCCCUUCAAAGCCAAAUACAAACUGGUCAACCACAUCCGCGUGCACACGGGCGAGAAGCCCUUCCCCUGCCCUUUUCCUGGCUGCGGCAAGGUCUUCGCGCGUUCUGAGAACUUAAAGAUCCACAAAAGGACGCACACAGGGGAGAAGCCCUUCAAGUGCGAGUUCGAAGGCUGUGACCGACGCUUUGCCAAUAGCAGCGACCGCAAGAAGCACAUGCACGUGCACACGAGCGACAAGCCCUAUCUUUGCAAGAUGUGCGACAAGUCCUACACGCACCCCAGUUCGCUGCGCAAACACAUGAAGGUCCACGAAUCCUCCUCGCAGGGCUCGCAGCCUUCGCCCGCCGCCAGCUCCGGCUACGAGUCCUCCACGCCGCCCACCAUCGUGUCUCCCUCCACAGACAACCCGACCACCAGCUCCCUGUCGCCUUCCUCCUCCGCAGUCCACCACACAGCCGGCCACAGCGCGCUCUCUUCCAAUUUUAAUGAAUGGUACGUUUAAAAUCAGAAACAAAACACCGAACAAAACCCUAUUUAAGAGACUGAACACACACGUACACAAAAUAUUACUGAAUGAACCCUGCGAAUCAACACAGCCCCCCUACCCCUCCCCCCCGCCCCAGACACCGCAGUCCUAUUUUUUUUUAAACCUGCCAAUAGACCCAGGACCGAGUAA